CACAAGGCACUGUUGAAACACGCCAAGGGAUACCGCGGUCGGUCCAAAAACUGUUUCCGCGUGGCCAUCCGUCGGGUGCAAAAGGCUUGGCAGUACGCCUAUAGGGACCGCCGGCGCAAAAAGCGUGAAUGGCGCAAACUGUGGAUUCUCCGCGUGCAGGCCGGGGCCCGGCAGUACGGAUGGCGCUACAGUGCCAUUAUACCCGCCCUCGCCAACCAACACAUUGCGCUCAAUCGUAAAGUACUCGCCGAUCUCGCCGCCAACGAACCCUUCGCCUUUAAAAGUGUCGUCGAU